AUAUUAAUAGUAAAUUUUUACUACUAAUAGACUUAUAAUAAUUGUAGCAUGCAAAAUGAAUGGGAGGUGGAGGUUAGGUGUUUUACCGAAAAUUAGGAACAUUUGUUGCGUUUAUGUUUUAUUUGAUCUGAACAAGACACAAAUGUUACCAAAAUGUUUCUUUUUCUUUUUCUGUUACUUAUGUAAUUUUCAUAGAUUGUGACAUACUGAUUAAGGUUGAAGAAAUGUAAUCUUUUCUGAAGUUAAAUCCAAACAUUGUCAAAGUUUUUGUAGUUGUAGAAUAUGAUGUGCAAUGAUUCUAGACCAUCUCUGGUCGUGAUUUAAGGGCUAUUUGAGUCAAGUUAUGUAUAGGUAACGUUGUUUGUAUGAAUUAAUCUAUCUAAUAUGGAUUGAAAAAGUUUUUGUUUGAGAUGAUUUUUUCAUCAGAUGAAAGGAAUGUGUUUUUUUUUAUUACGAGGGACAAGUUCGAUUAGUCAUAUAUAAUUUGCUGAAUAAAUCACUUUCUAUAUCAUUACGUCAGUAUCAAACAAUUAUAUAUAAUUAAUUAAAUAAGUUAUAAAUCCCAUUAAACUGAUUAAACUACUGAUAAACAGACCCUUAAUGCUUGUAAACUAUCACGAAAACUCACAUUUACUAAAAAAGAAAAAAUACAAGAGAUCCAAAAUCCCCAUGGUCAAAGGGAAUAGGGUAUAUUUUUGGCCGGCGUAUCCUAUUAUUGCAAUUUAAAAAGCUUUGGUUCAGAACCCAAAUACCAUCUUUAUCACUUAUUUUCUUUUGCCCACCUCAAAUACAUCCAAAAAUCACAAGACAAUUAUUAGUUUUUGCAAAAAGUUUCCAACAUGUUUUCAAGAAAGAUGGACCCAAAUGAGAACGAAAGGAAACCAAGAAUCUUCGCACAUUUGCUAAACGAUGGUAGCAAACAUCUCGACGAAUCUUAAUUCUAACGAAAAUAAAAACCCUAUUAAUUAAUUAACUACUUCAGCUUAGUCGAAACACAUGAAGUCUUAAGGGUCGAUCUUGGAUCGAGGUGGAGAGCGAUGGCGGUCGAAGAUGAUCAUGAACUCAUCCAUGGAGAUCCCACGACUGAUAAAGAUGACGAUAAGACGAUAAGAACCGGUACGCUAUGGAGCACGAUCGCGCAUAUUAUAACCGCUGUGAUUGGUUCAGGUGUACUGUCGCUUGCGUGGAGCACGGCGCAGCUUGGUUGGAUCGCAGGGCCGGUUGCGUUAUUCUGUUUUGCUUUUGUUACGUAUCUAUCUUCGUCUCUUUUAUCGGAUUGCUACAGGUCUCCUGAUCCUGUUACUGGAACUAGAAACCGUUCGUAUACGGAUGCCGUUAGAGUUAUCCUCGGUGAAAAACAGGCAUGGAUAUGUGGUUUACUUCAGUAUGUGAGUUUUUAUGGAACCGGGAUUGCUUACGUGGUGACAACCGCAACUUGUAUGAGGGCGAUUCGGAAAUCCAAUUGUUACCAUAAAGAAGGACACGCUGCUAGUUGCGAAUACGAUGGCAAAAUUUACAUGUUGCUGUUCGGGGUUGUGCAGAUUGUUAUGUCACAGAUACCGGAUUUCCAUAGCAUGGUGUUGGUGUCGGUUGUUGCGGCUAUUAUGUCAUUUUGUUACGCUACCAUUGGUUUCGGGCUUGGUUUGGCAAAAGCUGUUGAAAAUGGGAAGAUAGCUGGGAGCAUUAGAGGAGUCCCAGCUGCUAGUUUACCUCAGAAGUUAUGGCUAUCUUUUCAAGCACUCGGAGACAUAGCUUUCGCGUAUCCGUAUGCCCUUAUUCUUCUAGAAAUUCAGGAUACCGUGAAGUCACCUCCUGCGGAGAACAAGGUGACGAAAAGGGCUUCAGUGAUUGCAAUUGUUGUGACGACUUUUUUCUACCUUGGAUGCGCAUGUUUCGGAUAUGCAGCGUUUGGGAACGAUACGCCAGGGAAUCUAUUGACGGGAUUCGGGUUCUACGAGCCUUACUGGCUUGUCGACUUUGCUAAUGUGUGCAUUAUAAUACAUCUGAUAGGAGGAUAUCAACUAUUCAGCCAACCAGUAUUUGCAUUUGCUGAAAGAUGGUUAACUGAAAAGUUCCCGACCAGUCAAUUUCUGAACAGAUUCCAUGACUUAAAGCUGCCAUUGUUGCCGGUUUUAAGGUUGAAUCUGUUCCGGCUACUUUUCCGAUCAGCAUAUGUGGCAUCGACGACCGGAAUCGCGUUGGUGUUCCCUUACUUCAAUGAGAUAUUGGGUGUUUUAGGAGCAUUGAAUCUGUGGCCGUUGGCGAUAUAUUUUCCGGUGGAGAUGUAUAUAGUGCAGAAAAAGAUGGAAACUUGGAGCAGAAAAUGGGUGAUUCUUGAAAUAUUCAGUGGGGUUUUAAUGGUGGUUUCAGUGGUGGCUUUAGUUGGGUCAGUUGCUGGACUUAUUGAAGCAAAGAUGAACUAGUCCUCCUCUACCUAAAUCUUGUUAUUCCA